UUUACAAGUACGAUUUCUCUCUUACCAAAAAUGGAGAUGCAGAUCUUUCUUGGAAAAAUUGAUUUUAACUGGAGUCAACAACCGUGGAUGCAGCCGGGUGGAGGCGGCGUGACCCACGCAGGUGGGACAGGUGACGACGAGGCUCCGACAGAUCCCGGUGCUCGGAUCACUCAUCAAUCUUACACCGAAAAAGAUUUCGAAGGUCACAGAGCGCACACGGUGUACGUGGGCGUGCAUCUGCCCGGCGAAAGGAGACACCGUCGUCACCACAAGCACCAUCACGUCCAGCGUCAAACGUACAGUGCUGAUAAGGAAAAUGUCGACAACGAAAGGCCCAUUACACCGCCGGCUCAGAGGGUUCAGUUCAUCCUCGGCGAGGAGGUCGGCGACGAUGCACACGAGUCGCAUCCUCUUUUCUCGGAGAUGGAGGAGCUCGUCAAGGAUGGCGACGAGAUGGAAUGGAAGGAAACGGCUAGGUGGAUCAAAUUCGAGGAGGAUGUCGAGGAAGGUGGAAACAGAUGGAGCAAACCUCACGUAGCGACUCUCUCUUUACACGCUCUGUUCGAAUUAAGAAGCCUGCUGUUAAAUGGGACUGUGAUGCUCGACAUGGAAGCGAUCAGCCUGGAACAAGUCGCUGAUUUGGUGCUAGAUAAUAUGAUCAACAAGGGCUCGUUGUCAAUCGAGGCGAGGGAGAAGGUCAGGGAAGCUCUUCUCGUGAGGCACCGUCACCAGCACGAGAGACGCAAGGACAACAACAUGUCCAGAUUACCGAUUAUCAGAUCCUUGGCCGACAUCGGUCGGAACCAUUCCUCUUCAAAGAAUUGCAACUGUACAUAUGGUUUGCAUUCGUUGUUGACGUCAGAUUUACAGGAGCGUCGCGGCGUCGUGGACGCUUACGCGCCCGCCGUCGCUCGCAGCAGUAGCUGUCCGAAUUCGAACACCGCCCUGCUCUCAAAAGAGGCGAAAGAUUUGAAAGGACCGUACCUUCUCGUUCCAGGUCAGGAGCCAGGCACCAAUGGAAUGGACCGAAGCCCGAGCAGCGUGUCAAUUAGCCGAAAUCACAGUUCGUCCGCUUUAGAAAACGGAGAUGCGAAUCAUAGGGGUAAUACUCACUUCAUGAGAAAAAUACCACCGGGUGCGGAAGCGAGCAACAUUCUCGUAGGCGAGGUCGAUUUUUUAGAUAAAACACUGUCGGCCUUCAUCCGAUUAAGCCAGGCGACAAUAAUGGGCGAUUUAACGGAAGUUCCUGUGCCAACAAGAUUUAUAUUCGUCCUGCUCGGGCCCAUGGGAGGAAUCUCAGGCUUUCACGAAAUUGGUCGAGCGAUGGCCACUCUCAUGUCCGAUGAGGUCUUCCACGACGUUGCUUAUAAAGCGAAGAACAGGAAUCAUCUGCUCGCGGGAAUCGACGAGUUCCUGGACGCGGUCACGGUUUUACCACCAGGUGAAUGGGAUCCCGCGAUCAGAAUAGAACCACCUGCCGCUAUUCCUUCACAGGAAGUAAGGAAACGACCGAAAGAAGAAAAAUCGAAAGAAGAAUUCGACGAGGAAGCAGAUGAGCAGAAGCUGAGAGAAGAGUCGGGACUCUCGAGAUCUGGAAGACUUUUCGGUGGUUUGAUAAACGAUAUCAGGAGGAAAGCACCCUUCUACCUUUCCGACUUCAAAGAUGCUCUGGCACUGCAAUGCGUGGCCUCAUUCAUUUUCUUGUACUUCGCUUGCCUAUCACCAAUAAUCACAUUUGGUGGUCUUUUGGGCGAAGCUACGGGGAAGAAUAUGGCUGCUAUGGAAUCCCUGGUCUCCGGUUUCGUUUGCGGUAUCGGGUACGGAUUAUUCUCCGGGCAACCCUUAACCAUCCUUGGUUCGACCGGUCCCGUUUUAGUUUUCGAGACGAUUGUCUACGAAUUUUGCAAAAAAUCAGAUUGGAACUACAUGUCCUUCCGUUUUUGGAUCGGCUCGUGGAUAACACUGAUCCUGCUGAUCCUGGUCGCGAUCGACGCUAGUGCUCUGGUGUGCUACAUCACCCGUUUCACGGAAGAAAAUUUCGCCACCUUGAUCGCCUUCAUCUUCAUCUACAAGGCUAUUGAAAACGUGUUAUCUAUCGGCAAGAAGUAUCCUAUCAACACUCACGCGAACGAUCCGUUUAGCUACGAGUGUUGGUGCAGACCUCCGAAUGAGAGUCUACCGUCCAGCUACGAUCACAUUAACUGGACGGCGCUCGAUCAAAAAACAUGCCAGAGUUACAAUGGCACGCUAGCGGGCGAAGGUUGCAACCUACCUCAAUACAUACCCGAUGUGUUCCUAAUGUCAAUUAUACUAUUCAUGGGCACAUUCUUGUUAUCCGUCGAGCUGAAAGAUUUCAAGAACGCUCUCUUCUUUCCGUCGAAGGUCAGGCAAGUCUUCAGUGACUUUGCCGUAAUCAUCGCGAUCUUCUCGAUGAGCGCGCUCGAUCAUUUCGUGAAUAUUCCAACACCGAAACUCGAGGUACCGGUAGAAUUCAAGCCAACGUUGAGCGAUCGAGGAUGGAUGAUCUGGCCUUUUCAAAACAAUCCAUGGUGGAGCGCAAUCGUUGCUAGUCUACCGGCCCUCCUAGGCACUAUAUUGAUCUUCAUGGAUCAACAAAUCACAGCCGUGAUAGUUAAUAGAAAAGAGAACAAAUUGAAAAAAGGGUGCGGUUAUCACUUGGACCUAUUCAUCCUCGCGAUCCUGAUCCAGAUAUGCUCAGUGAUGGGACUUCCGUGGUUUGUCGCGGCUACCGUUCUUUCGAUCAAUCACGUGAAUUCUUUGAAACUGGAAUCGGAGUGCGCGGCACCCGGCGAGAAACCGCAAUUUCUCGGUGUUCGCGAACAACGUGCCACGCACAUUCUGAUCUUCCUUAUGAUCGGCUGUUCGGUGCUUCUAACGCCAAUGUUGAAGCAUAUACCAAUGCCGGUGUUGUUUGGCGUUUUCCUCUACAUGGGCGUCGCUUCGUUAAAAGGGCUUCAAUUCUUCGACAGAAUCCUGAUCAUGUUGAUGCCGGUUAAAUAUCAGCCUGACUACAUGUUCCUUCGACAGGUACCUUUGAAACGCGUGCAUCUGUUCACAACGAUACAACUAACAUGCCUAGCGUGCUUGUGGAUCAUCAAAUCCUUCAGCAGCACAUCGAUUUUAUUCCCAUUGAUGCUAGUGGUGAUGAUCGGUAUAAGAAAAUCAUUGGACUUUCUGUUCACCCAACGGGAAUUGAAGAUACUGGACGACGUGAUGCCGGAAACAAGCAUGAAAGACGAUCUUUGUCAAUUGGAGAGCGGCGAGGAACAGAAUGAGUCAAUGGGCUAUGGUCCAUCGGGAAACAUACAAAUAUCGUUGGCGAACGGGAACAUCAUGAAGAUACCGAUGUCGAGCAUCAAUAUCAGCGAAGAGGUGAAUAAAACCGGUAUCUGGCAACAAGUGAACGAGAGUAACGAGAAACCGAAGCAACCGAAACUGAUCAACGCGGGAAAACAGAAGAAGCACUCGAAAAAGGAUAAUUCGUUGAUGGCUGAUGAGACCACGAGGUUGACCACAAUGACAGAAGAGGACGAGAAUGACAGUGGGAUUUCUAUCAAGGUGACAAAUGUAAAUGACUCUCAAUUUUAAACCACCACUUCCAUCACCACCACCAAAUCGAUAAAUCACAUGGCAAGUUACACAGCAAGAGCACCAACACACCGGCAUGCGAUACACCCCCUCACGCUGCUGUGAGUAACAGUAUUAAAGGGAGCUGCACGGAACCCUGCGACGAAAUUCUUUUCUUCUCUUGUUAGAUCAUUUUUUUGGUCCGUACCCCAAUGUCUAGCGUUAUAUUAAAACUAUAUACAUAUAUAUAAGAAAUUGUGUUGUCCAUCACACGUUUAAGUUGCAGCAUAGUGUUCGCUAAUACGUAAUAGAUUAUGUAGAAGUAUAUUUCUUCCACCUAGGGAAACGAAUUUUAUUUCUCGCAUGGUCCAACCAUCUAUUAUUUGCACUUUUGCAUGUACGAUUUCUCGAUUUUCGUGGGCUUAGAAUUUUCUUCACUUCAAGUCAUGAAUCUGUUGAAAAAUAAUAUGCUUUUAAUUUGAAAAAAAUGCAAUGAACUUUGACAGUUUAAAAAUUUAAACACGGAAAUAAAUCUGUUUCCGUGUUUCUUCAUGCUUAUCUCUAUACGAGCACAAAACGAUAUCGUGUUAAACGUGUACACGCAAUCUCGUUUGCAAAUGUUUCAUUUUAAAUCGAAUCGCCAGAACAAAUAUUUGUCUUCUCACGUUUACGUGACACAUUUUUACGUUCGUUGUAUUCGAGGUAUCGGCUAUGGGAUUUUCAAUUGUAGAUCGACGUUUAUUGUUUGUGUGAUUCCUGCGAAAUUAUGCGAAUCUUUUGAUUUAAUCGUUUCAGGUAGACUUGAUAAGAUCGAAGGAAAGCAUCAGCCCGUUAACGAUAAACGGCUCUACAUCGGCCGAGACCUCUGUUUAAUGUAGUGAACGCAACGUUGUUUGUAUGUGGCCCAAAACUAAUCGAUACUGGAAAACCACGCUUUUCCAUUAAGUAUAAUUUCGCGUUAUCGUCUAACCAAGUUAAAACGCGAUCAUGGAUAAGUGCAUCGCAUCACGUAAAAAAAAUGAUGGUUCGCGGCGAUGCGACGCGACGCGAUGCUCCGAUACUGUAUGGAAAUACAAGAUGCAGAGAGAGAACAAACUUUUUUUUUAAUUUACAAAUAAGAAAGUCGUAAUGCGAUGUGUUAUUUCAAUUCAAGUGCAGUUAAUGAGUGUCACUAACAGAUAAAAAGCGGACUUUUAUUCGUAAAGAAAAAUACGCACAGAAUUGAAAUUUGAAAUAGACAGUUCUAGACUUAAGAUUUGGCAAGAAUUUAAAAGACUCACACAGGAACAGCGAUAAGAAGAUAACUUUUUCUACAAUUUUUGUUAUGUCCAAUAGAACUCCCUAAUAUUUAUAUGAACAACUCAGGCAAUGAUUUAUGUAAUUAUUAGAUCGAUGCAUAUGAGACGUCAUCUUCAAACAUAACAGCUGUAGUUUUCGUAGAAUAUGAUAUAUUGAAUUUAAAUAAUUUAUCAGUUACUUUUGUGCAUUCCCAAAUGAAUAGUAAUUUUAAUGUUACGAAUGCAUUAAAAAGAUUGUGAUUCCUAAGAAAUAUAAAUUUCCGAUAAUACGUUCAGACAAAUAUGAUGUUCCAACAAAUCAUAUUUGCUUAAAAAUUGGUAUAGUAGUUAAAAAGUGUAUAAAAGUGGCGAUGCAUAUCUUUUUAUUGCUGUAAUCUUUCCGAUUAUAAUUACAUUGGAUGCUGAAUAGCUACUUAAUUCUUGUCAUUGCGUGUCGAAACGUAAUAUAUAAUUAAAUGAAUUAAGUAGUACGUGUCCAUUGUGCCCAUAGAGUCAUUAGGAAGUGCUAAGAAAACCCCUACGAUAGACAUUUCCUUCGAGGGAUGUCCGCAAAAGAAAUCAACGAGAUACGACUUUUGAAAGAAGACGAGAAAUAAAGAGUUGUUGGUGUCAUAAUAUACACAUAUAGCUACAGGGUUUGAUUUAUUUUAUUACCAGUUCGAUUAAUUUUUCUUGUUAAAGUCGACGAAUAGUUUUUCAAAAAUUCUCAAUACUAUUGAUCAACGGCGACAAUAUAUAUGCUAUUAAUUGUAAUACAUAUACUUAUACCAGCUUUUUCGCUGUCACUAAUAAGAUUUCAAGAGAGAAUGUUCACUGAAAUUAAAUCAAUGCUAUUUGCAUUUAAUUAUAUGAAUAAUAGUAGAAGAUACUUUUUCACGUUUUUUAUCGGAAUUUUAGCACGACUGAAUUUAAACGCGCGAAUGCCGUCCCUUGAAGGAUGUCCUUUCGAUUCGAAAAUGAGGCAAAUUUUUAUCGUAUCGUACAUACGUAUACGGCAGUCUUUCAAAUAGAUGAGUGCGACGAUCCUUUGAUGUCCGAUGAAUCGUCUCACGAGUAAAAUUAUUAAUUUCUUUUUUAAAUCCUCUUCGUCGAUUUUUGACGAAACGAGAUCUAUACGAGGAAAAGUGAAGGUGAAACAAAUCGAACAUUUGAUACAAUAUUUUUCAGACGAAUAGGAAAUUGUUAUUAAUCUUUGAGAAAAAAUAAAGUCUAUCAAGGCUUUACAGUGAAAAAUGAAUAAAGGGAGCGAUCAAGUCUGCGUGUUUUGACGUAAUAUUGCGAUUUGAAUUAAUGACAAGUAAAAAUGACGUUUACUCAUCCCGUCUUGUACAAUAAUAUUAACAAAGAAACUAUUCAUACAAUGUAGCUACAAGAAGUAUUGGCGUAUACUCGAUUUUAAUUUCGCUAUCAUUUAUCUUAUCAUAUGAAGACACGAUUACAACAAAAUUAAGCUAUAUUUAACCCUUCGAGUCAUGAAUUUUUACAGGCACAUGAGGGGUUUUUGGGAUUGCUGGUUGUGAAUAUAACACCAAGAUUUAAAAAUUCGAAGAAUUGUUGUUCGUUUAUUUGGAUAAAAUUCAUGAUUCGUUUCGGGACUUCAGAGUCCCGCUGUGGUUAAAAAGAAAAAAAUGAUAGACUAAUAAAUACGGUGAUGAUGCUAAUACUUUCUGUACGACAGCGAUAUAAGACUAUGAAACGAUCCAAAGCAAUCGUUUGUAUUAUUAUUGCAUACUUGUGUUUGUACAUGUACAUACGUAAAAUUAAGGAAAAGAAAUUAUUCGCAGCCCUGUACACGCCCACAAUGGGAAAUAAGUUUUUCCCGAAUUGAGAACAGUGUGCAGAUAACUUAUGUACGUUGCUAUAUAAUUAUCUUUUCAGGUUUCAUCUCUGACAUCCUGUAUACAAUAACGGGCUACGAUCGCCGCUAUAGUAUUAACUGGUUGUGAUUUUAGAAGUAGAGGAAUCAGAAAGGGCAAGAAGAAUUGUUCGAAGCAUUUUAUAAUUUGUACUCGUAUAUAUUUAAAACGAGAGUUCCAAGUGUUUUUACCAAGAAAAGAAACGUGUGAACACGUGGCACGGUAGAGUGUAUAGUUAUAGUAUGUAUUUUCAAUUUACAUAUUUUUUGAAUACUGCGAACACAUUUGCUGCGACUUUUUACCAAAAGAGAUUAACGAGGGCGCGUGUCGUGUCCUGUGUUUAAGGGACUUACAUAUGUAUCCCUCUGCAUGUGUAUGUAUUUGCAUAAUGGAAUAAUUGAUGAUAAAUUAAUGCAUUCGUCGAUUUCACGACCGUACGAAUACUUACCAGUUCAGUUUAAUUUGCGUUUUAUUAUGAAGACCAGCAAGCUCGAAACAUAUGCGUAGUUUUAUCGACAAGUUUCAUUCCCACCGCGAAUAAAAGUGUGCGUCAAUAUGAACAAUUCACUUGAUAACGACGAUGACACUUUGUGUAGAGAUUAUCCACGUUUUUAGAUUUAAGCUUACUUCCGUGGUCACGAGUGUUCAAACAAAAUGAGAGGAGACUUAUUGCGAGCAUACAAGGUAUAGGUAUACAUGUAUGUAUUGUAUGUAAUAAUCAGUCGCAAUCAUAGUCGCUGCCAUGCAUGCAAUCGAUGUAUUAGUCCACUUCAACGGAAUUGUUGAUAAAUUAUGAUUAAAAAAAAAAAAGAAAAAAGAUUGUAAUAUUCGUCA